UGGGUCUUCCCGCCCCUGCCGCACGGCGGCGCCCCACUCUGAGGCUUUUGCUGCUAGCCCGAGUCACCAGAACUGAGUCGGGCGAAAAGAUGACGGCCGUCUUGCCGCGGAUCGAGCAGCUGUCCUCCCGGGUAGUGCGUGUCCUGGGCUGUAAUCCUGGACCCAUGACGCUCCAGGGAACCAACACUUAUUUGGUGGGGACCGGCCCCAGGAGAAUUCUUAUUGAUACUGGUGAACCAUCAAUUCCAGAAUAUAUCAGCUGUUUAAAACAAGCACUAUCUGAAUUUAACACAUCAAUACAAGAAAUUAUAGUAACCCACUGGCACCGAGAUCACACUGGAGGCAUAUCAAACAUAUGUAAUAGUAUCAAUAUGGGCACCGAUUAUUGCAUUAAAAAGCUCCCACGCAAUCCCUUCAAGGAAGAAGUUAUAGGAAACAACAAGCAAAAAUAUGUUUAUCUGAAAGAUGGAGAUGUGAUUAAUACAGAAGGAGCCACUCUCAGAAUUCUAUACACACCUGGACACACUGAUGAUCAUAUGGCUCUUCUUUUAGAAGAAGAAAAUGCUAUCUUUUCUGGAGACUGCAUUCUAGGAGAAGGAACAACAGUAUUUGAAGAUCUUUAUGAUUACAUGAAGUCCUUAGAAAAGCUAUUAAAGGUUAAAGCUGAUUUGAUAUAUCCAGGACAUGGCCCAGUCAUCUAUGAUGCUGAAGCUAAAAUUCAAGAAUACAUUUCUCACAGAAAUGCACGGGAACGUCAAAUCCUUAAUUUUUUUCACGAUAAUGUUGGAAAGGCAUUUACUGAAAUGGAACUUGUAAAGAUUAUUUAUAAGAAUACUCCUGAGCAUUUAUAUAAAGCAGCUAGUCAUAACCUCUCCCUUCAUUUGAACAAAUUAGAAAAAGAUGGAAAACUAUCAAAGACAAUGACUCCUGAAAAGAAAUGGAAAGCCAAUCUCUAGUUUCAUAUUAGUGAAUAAAGAAUAAAUAAUCUAAAGUUUUUACUGAAGAAGAAUAUUGAAAAAGAAACCAGCUACAGAUAAUUAGUAUUACAUCUGAUCCAUCAUCAAAAAUAUAAGAAUUCCACAUUAUUUAGAGUAUUCACUGUAAUUGUAAUACAUCUAACUUUGUUAUUUUCAAGUUAGAAAGAUAGAUUAUAAAAUUUUUGAGCUAACACUAAUUGAAAUUUGUCCUAUAAAAAUAAUAAAAUGAGCUUAUUUUAAACAAUCUUCUUUGAAAGUUGUCCAUAUUGUGGCUCUCUUCAACAAUGAGAGGAUCCAGAUCAGUUCCAAUUGAUCAGUAAUGAACAGAACCAGCUACACCCAGAGAAAGAACAUUGGGAAAUGAGUAUGGACCACACCCUAGCAUUUCCACUUUUUCUGUUGUUGUUUGCUUGCAUUUUUGUUUUUUUCUUCUCAGUUUUUACCUUCUUUCUAAAUCUUUUUUCUUUUGCAUCAAGAUAACUGUAUAAAUAUGUAUACAUAUGCAUGCAUAGAAGGCGACCUGACAUCUAGGGGAGGGGGUAAAGGGAAGGAGGGGAAAAGUUGAAACAAGUUUUUGCAAGGGUCAGUGUUGAAAAAUUAACCCAUGCAUAUGUUUUGUAUAUAAAAAGCUAUAAUAAAAAAAUGUAAUUCAAAAAAAAGAAAGUUGUCCAUAUGAUCCAGUUAUCAGUAACCAACAGUAAUAAUAUAGUUUUCUUCUGUUACUCUAAAAUAGCACUUCAUCUUUAAUUGUUAACAAUGUUAAUAUGUUCUCUUACAUUUGUGAUUAUUAUUAUCUUUUAAUAAAAGAUUCAAAAUAACAGAGAA